AUGAAAUUCUCGUCUCAUUGUUUAGUGGGGUUGUUGGCGUCCUCCAUGAUGGCCACCGGUGUUGUGGGACAAUCCUGCAGUGCCACUGAUCCUACCUGUGCCAAUAUUCCUUAUGAAAUGGACUUUGUGGCACCCAAACUGACUCUACACGGCAAGGUGAUUGAGUCCCACAAGGAUGCCACAGACGCAAUGGUCACGGGGUGCUGUUCGUCAGAUGACAAUACAAGUCUCACACCGGAGGAAAUUGGCAAGAUUCCCCAAAUGAACGCCGACUUGACUAUGCAAGUAUUGGAAGAUGCCAAGAACGCCUGGAAGGGUGGCAGUGGUACCUGGCCUCAAAUGUCUCUGAAGGAACGUAUGACUGCCAUUAUCAACUUGUUGGACGAAUUGAAAACCCAGCGUGAGACCAUUGUCCGAACCCUCAUGUGGGAGAUUGGAAAGAAUCGUAAGGAUGCUGAAUCCGAAUUUGACCGUACUCUGCAAUUCUGCAAUCAAUUGUUGGAUACUGUUUCCAAGCAUCCCGAAUAUCAUGGUCAUUGGGAAUCCGUUGGAUCGACCCAUGCAUUUAUCAAACGGGCUGCAAUUGGCAUCAUUAUGUGCCUGGGUCCCAUGAACUAUCCAUUGAAUGAGACGUAUGCAACUUUGAUUCCAGCCUUGCUCAUGGGAAAUGUAGCAAUCAUGAAGGUUCCAACUGUGGGUGGAUUGUCUCAUCUAUUGACCAUGGAAGCAUUUGCCAAGGCCUUGCCACCUGGAGCAAUGAACUUCGUUUCUGGACGUGGUCGGGAAACCAUGCCACCACUCAUGAAAACGGGAGAUAUUGACGGAUUGGCCUUUAUUGGAGGAUCCCGCGCUGCUGAUGACUUGAUCAAGCAACAUCCUCGUCCCCAUCGACUGAAGGUAUUCUUGCAAUUAGAAGCCAAGAAUAUGGGUAUUUUUCUCCCUAGCAUUUUCGAAAGCAAGGACGAAAUGUCCAAGGCAUUGGAUCAGGCCAUGUUGGGAGCUCUUAGUUUCAAUGGACAACGAUGCACAGCCUUGAAGCUCUUCUUUGUUCCCCAGAAGCAAGGGAGUGCCUUUGCUACCAUGAUGGCCAAACGUGUAGAAGAAAUGUCAGUGGGACUACCAUGGCAAAACUGGAGCUCGGACGAAAGCAAGUCGCCAUCCUAUUCCAAGAUCACACCACUUCCUGAUCGCAAAAAGGUCGAGUACAUGCAAAAGCUCAUCCAAGAUGCUGUUUCAAAGGGUGCCAAAAUCAUCAAUGAGAAUGGAGGUGAAGUCAUCGGAGGAUUAAAAUCGAGUCUAAUGGUCCCCGCCGUUGUGUAUCCCGUCACUCCAGAUAUGGAUCUGUACUACGAAGAACAAUUUGGACCUAUUAUUCCAAUUGCUACUUAUGACUCCUUGGAUACCAUUCUAGACUAUGGUCACAAUGGUGACUUUGGACAGCAAGUUGCCAUCUUUUCCUCGGAAUCCAACAGCGAUGACACUUCCAUGCUGGUCGAUCAAUUCUCCUCUGUCUUUGGCAAGAUUAACAUCAACAGCCAAUGUGGACGAUCUCCUGACACCAUUCCCUUUUCAGGACGACGGUCUUCGGCCAUGGGCGUCAUGUCUGUCGAACAUGCCUUGCAAGAAUUCUCCAUACCGACUGUCGUUUCCUACAAGGAAAGUCCCAGUACGGCCAAGUUGGUUAAGAAGGUCGAAUCUUCUUCCAAGUUCUUUGAGGCCUUGUAA